CUAAUCGAGGUGUCGGUGGAUCGUCUCGCUCGGCUUGGCCACGGGCGGGACGCACGCCCGUCGCGAGGGUGCGUCGCGCCGGGGAGGGCGGCCGGCGCCAUUUUGCAGGAAGAGGGGCCUGUCGGAGAGAGGAGUCCGCCGUCUGCAAUGGCCAAUGUGCUCUGUAACAGAGCAAGAUUGGUCACCUACCUACCAGGGUUUUAUUCCUUAGUCAAAAGAGUUGUAAAUCCCAAGGCUUUUUCUACAGCAGGUUCCUCUGGCUCAGAUGAGCCUCAUGUCGCUGCUACACCUCCUGAUUUAUGUCCAAGAACUGUGUGGCCGGAUGAAGUAAUGGGUCCAUUUGGUCCUCAGGACCAGAGAUUCCAGUUGCCUGGUAAUAUCGGGUUUGACUGUCACCUAAAUGGCACUGCUUCUCAGAAGAAAAACCAAGUUUCCAAAAGUUUGCCUGAUAUAUUAGCAGAGCCUUCAGCAAGUGAAAGGCAUGAAUUUGUAAUGGCACAAUACAUAAAUGAAUUUCAGGGUGCUGAUGUUCCUCAGAAACAGCAAAUAAAUAGCGCUGAAACUUACUUUGAAAAUGCCAAGGUAGAAUGUGCGGUACAAGCUUGUCCUGAGCUGUUACGAAAAGACUUUGAAUCAAUGUUUCCAGAAGUGAAUGCCAACCGUUUAACAGUAUUAACUGUUACCCAGAAGACUAAAAAUGAUAUGACUGUAUGGAGUCAGGAAGUGGAGGAUGAGAGAGAAAUGCUGGUAGAAAAUUUCAUUAAUGGUGCCAAGGAAAUUUGCUAUGCAAUUUGUUCUGAAGGCUAUUGGGCUGACUUCAUUGAUCCAACCUCAGGACUGGCAUUUUUUGGACCUUACACAAACAACACUCUGUUUGAAACAGACGAACGCUACCGCCACUUGGGAUUUUCCGUUGAUGAUCUCGGCUGCUGCAAAGUUAUUCGUCACAACAUCUGGGGCACUCACGUGGUUGUAGGAAGUAUUUUCACUAACGCUGAACCCGACAGCCCCAUCAUGAGAAAACUAAGUGGAAAUUAGGAAGUCAUCAGGGUUUCACAAGUUCUUACGACCUUUGCGUUCUUUUACUUGAUGAUUCUCUCUCUAAGCGUUGUCAGGAAAUACCACACUUUAAAGUAUUCUUAGGUAAUAAAGUAGCUGUUAUUUAUUUUAGUCUUUGUGAAUAUGUGUCCACCACAUGUGACUAGAAAAUUAAUUGACAGCGUUCAACCGGAUACCUUAACGUGCCACAUGAAUUUUAAGCUGUGAGUUUCCUUCAUCUUGAAUGAGUUUAAACAUACAUGUACAUAGCUAUCUGCAUAUCUUUUUUUUUUUUUAAUAUUAUCUUCCAAGCCACGCUUCUUAACCAUUUUUGUCUUCUGGUGUCUUAACAAAUCUGUGCUUUUGGUAUUAAAAAUCCCAAUGCCGCUGAAGUUUCUAGGAAUUUUGCUGCUUACUGAAAUAAGCAGCCAAAAAAAAGUGGAGUAAGUAAUAAAAUUGUUCUCCCAGAAUAUAGAUCUUAAUUAAAAACUGCAGAAGUUAAUGCCAGACUAAUUGCUCCUUCACUGUUCUAAAAUGAGAAUAAUAAGAUGAGCUUUCGGUGGUGCUCUAACUACAAGUAAUACUUCAGUAGGGGAGUGUUCACUCGAUUGCUACAUCCAGAGAUGAUAAAAAGUCUUAAAUUAUUCUAGAAUCAGUCAUCUCAUUGUGUUUUUUUGUCUUUAUAUUGCUUGGGAUUUUCUUUUCUCAGUGUUAGCUAAAUAUAUUUAAUUAGUUUAUAUAUGUAAAUGUAAUUUAAAGUUGCUUUUGUAACUUUCUUAGGUCAUUAAAUACACUGUGGUAAAGAA